CCCCUAAGGUUAGGUUUUUCUCUUUUAGAGCAGCCAUGGGCGCUUCCAACUCCAUUAACAGAGAACCCACCGACUCCCCACCAAACCCCGACCCAAUGUCCGAUUCACCCUCCAAAACCCAAUCCAAGGAGCCCCAAUCCGACCCCACACCCUCCUCCCCACACCCACCGGCGGCGGCGGAGCAAGUAGAGACCGGCGGCGGAGCAGAGGAGGAUGAUGAGGAGGAGAAGGGGGAGUGUGGGUUCUGCUUGUUCAUGAAAGGCGGGGGUUGCAAAGAGAGCUUCGAGGCGUGGGAGAAUUGCAUAGAAGAAGCGGAGAAGACAAACGAGGACAUUGUUCAGAAGUGCUUCGAGAUGACGUCAAAGCUCAAAGACUGCAUGCUGGCCCACUCCGAUUACUACGAGCCCAUUCUCCGCGCCGAGAAAGCCGCCGAGGAACAGGCCAUCAAGGAGCUCGACAGCGAGAAAUCCACGGACAAGGAGGAGGAGGCGGUUAUAGAACUCAACGACAACGUGGAGACACCACCGGCGGCGGAGGGUGGAGUGAGUUCCGAAGGAGAGGGAAGCAGUAGCCGGUUGGAUUGAUCGGAAAUCUUUGGGACCUGUAGCUCUUCUAAUCUCGAAGCCUGGAAGCUGAUGUUAAUAAUGAGGUGUCGCAUGGCUUGCAAACACAAGGUUCAUGUUGGAGUGAUUCUUGAUCUGGGAUCAAGGGAAGGAAAGAUGAUUCUCAGAUGUAUUUCAAUGGCUCUCUCUGAUUUUUACCAUCUGCACAAUAACUACAGCACACGAGUAGUUCUCCACAGUAAGGAUUCCAAAGGUGAACCACUGCCUGCUCUGUCAGCUGCCCUUGUCCUUGUGGAAAACAUCAAAGUGGGAGCAAUAAUUGGUGCACAAACAAGAGAGGAAGCAAACUUUUUGGG